AUGUCGGGUUCCGGAGAAAGAAAAUCUCUGGCUUGGCAGUAUUUUGUGGACUUGAAGAAUAAUAAAGCGAAAUGUAAUUUUUGCAACAAGAUUAUCUCGUACAAAGGCGGUGGCCCAUAUAACCUUAUUCGGCAUACCAAAAGUCAGCACCCUCUGGUAUUCACCGCAAUCACGGAGAGAAACGAGACCGCGACAAACCCGCCUUCCACUUCUACAGCUGCACCCUUUUCAGCUCCUAUAAGCAACUCAGUGAGCACGUCAGCCGUGUCAGCGAGCCAGCCUGAGUCAACUGAGCCAACGCCAGGUCCUUCAUCCGCCAUAUUUCAGCAUACUCAGCAGUCUCAGCACAGCCACGUACCAGCUACCAACAGUCGCCUUCCAGCUCAAAAAAUAACCGACUACUUACCGAAACCCCUUACAAGCAAGAAAACUGAGACAGUAAAUAAACACUUAGUAAAAUUAUUUGCAAAAAAUUACCUGCCGUUUUCUCUUGUCGAGUCCCCGGAAUUUAAAGAUUUUGUCAGAGAACUGAAUCCUAACUAUCAACUGCCGUCGCGAAAGACCCUGUCGAAUGUACUGGUUGAGAAAUAUUAUAAUAUAACCAAAGAAAAAAUCAAGGCUGAGUUGGCUGAAUCCGAUCAUGUCGCAUUGACUACAGAUGGGUGGUCUUCAGAUCCCAAUGAUAAUUACAUAAGUGUAACCGCACAUUUUAUCAACCAGGAAGCCGAUUUAAAGGCAUACGCAUUAGAAUGUGCCCAGUAUUCCGACCGACACACAGCUGAAAAUUUGGCGCAACAAUUAAAAAAAAUUUGCGAUGACUGGGAGAUUUCGCAUAAAAUUGUUUCCGUUUCGACUGAUAACGCCAACAACGUCAAAGCUGCCAUAAGGCUUAACAAGUGGAAACAGGUCUCAUGUUUUGCCCACACACUCAACCUUGUUGUACAAACAGCUAUAGACGAUAUAAAGCCCACUCACCAAAAGGUGAAGCGUAUAGUGGAGCUAUUUAAACGCAGCCCUUUGGCGUGCGAAAGGCUAAGAACUAUGCAGCAAAACUUGGGAGAGCCUCAACUAAAAGUUAAACAAGAUGUCGUCACCCGGUGGAACUCCACGUUCGAUAUGUUUGAGCGCGUCUUAGCAAUUAAAAACAGUCUGCAGACGACGCUCAACAUACAUUACCCGGACGUGGAUGGUCUGACGGGUGACGACCUGGAAGUCUUAAAAGGGGCAACAGGAAUCCUCGCAUACUUCAAGGCCGUUACGGAGGAGAUGAGUUCGGAGAGGAGUGUCACAAUUUCGGAGAUAAUAUUUAUAACAAACGAACUCAAAGACCAGUGCAUAGAGCACUUGGCCAUUGAGGCUUUACCCAUGGCUGUUCGUGGCUUAAUCCAAAGCCUCCACGAUGACCUGGAAAGCCGAUUUUCAUAUACGGAGGCUGAUAGCGUAAUGCUCGAGAGCACGCUCUUAGACCCCAGAUUGAAAAAACAUGGGUUUCAUAAAGACGCUGUGUGUGAAAGAGCGUGCUCUCACUUGAACGCGUCCGCUGCGUCCGUCGGGGAAGUCCAGGAGCUGGAACAGCCAGCAGCCUCAGAUGUCGACCCAUGCGUUCAAAGGGAAGUCAAUAAUUAUUUUGAGGAGCCGCCACUUCCCAGAACCCACAACCCACUUAAGUGGUGGUCAGUAAAAAAAAAUGUAUAUCCACGUUUGUGGCAAGUGGCAUCUAGAUUGCUUUGUAUUCCCGCUACACCUAAUUAUUCUAUUUCUUCACUCAACAAUCUCAUCAUGUUAAAAGUAAGACUGAAUUCACAGGAAAUAGUGCGAAACGAAACGCAAAUCAUAGGCGGCUGA